AUGAAAAGUUUUGAUGAAUUUAUUAAAAAAUUAACAAAAUUACCAAGAAUAUCAUUAAAACAGUCCAGAGAAGUUUUGAAGAGAAGAGAACAAAUUAAAACUCAAAUUGAAGGGCUGAGAAUAUCAAUAAAUAAUGGAAUAUCAAAACUGAAUGAUAUAGAAGAGACAUAUGAACAGCUCUAUUUGAAUCGAGAUAAAAUUAAUAAUAAUAAUGAUUUUACAUUUACUGUUAAUGUAACAGUACAAAAAAAGAUUGAGUUAGAAGUAGGAGAAUAUGUAACUAAUUGUUUGAGAUGUAAUAGAACAUGUCAUUAUCCAUGUUAUAUUUCAGGAGAUGUAAAAGAUGGAUGUUAUUGUAUUGGUGCUAAUGGAUAUUGUAAAGUAUGUGGAUGUCAUUAUACACAACAUGCAAACGUAGAAUAUAGAUUUGAUUAUGUAACAGAAACAAAACAACAAACAGCACAAGAAGUACUUGAAAGAUAUAACGAAGGUAAAAAAGGUAUGGCUAGUGCAGAAAAUCUGUUAAACAAGUUAGAAGAUGAAUAUAUUAAAAUCCAAAUGGAUUGUUAUGAUAAAGAAUUAAAAAUUAUAAAAUGUAUUAAUAUAUUAUCAUCAAUUGCAUUAAAUGGUAAAAUUACUAGUUCAAAUGAAUAUUUAGAUAUAUUAAUUGAUUCAGAGAAUGAAGAAAAGAAAAGUGGAUAUAAAAAACGAAUUGAAGGAUAUAAACAACUUAAACAAUCAAAUGAAAUAAUAGAAGAUAUUAUGAAAAAAUCAAUAACACAAAAGAGUAAGGAAGAGAUUAAAGCAGAGAUUGAAAGAAAAAUGAAAGAAUUAAAACAAGGAGAAAAAUCAACAUUAGGUAAAUUCAUUCAAAAAAUGAGAAGUAUGUUUUAA